GAUCCUUGCAGGGCCAAGGUGAAGAAGGGAGUGAAUAUCCUCAGCAUGAAGUCAAGUGACCCACAGCAUUGGGAUGUAAAGCAGGAAUUGGGAAAUGGUGGAAAACACUCAACCGCGACAAUUGUUUGCCAGCGGGUGGUGCCAAGUUUGAGGAACAGGAGCAAUAGUCUUUUGAAUGAAGUCGCGCAGAUGAACUUUGAAAUAGCCAGUUUCAGCAGCCUGUCUGGGACCCAGUCAAUCACAUGGCAGGUAGACUACCCUCGGAAAGGCACCACUGACAUUGCUAUCUCAGAAAUUUUCAUCAGCCAGAAGGACCUCGUGGGAAUUGUCCCGCUGGCCAUGGACACGGAAAUUCUGAAUACAGCCAUUCUCACUGGGAAGACGGUAGCGGUGCCUAUCAAAGUGGUUUCCAUAGAAGAGAAUAGCGCUGUGGCGGACAUUUCAGAAUUGGUGGAGUGCAAGUCUUCCGAUGAGGACGUCAUCAAAGUGUCUGACAGAUGUGACUAUGUUUUCGUCAAUGGCAAAGAAAUGAAAGGCCAGGUUGAUGCGGUAGUGAACUUCACCUACCAAUAUCUCAGCGCCCCUCUGCAGAUGACAGUGUGGGUGCCCCGCCUGCCGCUUCAGAUUGAAAUCUCCGACGUGGAGCUGAGCCAAAUCAAAGGCUGGAGGGUGCCCAUUGUUUCCAAUAAGAGACCCACACGAGACAGUGACGACGACGACGAGGAUGAGAGGAGGGGCAGGGGCUGUGCCCUCCAGUUCCAGCAUGCCACCGUGAGGGUGCUGACCCAAUUUGUAGCCGAAGGCCCCAAUCCCUGGGGGCAGCCCUCAUAUUUGCUCAGCUCCAACUGGCACUUUGACAUCAGCGACCUGGUAACGGACUUCAUGAAACUGGAGGAGCCUCAUGUAGCCAAACUGCAGGACGGGAAGAUUUUGAUCGGAAAGGAAGUUGGUAUGACGACAGUACAGGUUCUGUCGCCGCUUUCAGACACCAUCCUGGCCGAGAAGACGGUGACGGUGCGGGAUGACAAGGUGACGGUCACAGACCUGGGUGUUCAGCUGGUCACUGGACUCUCUGUCAUCCUUCAGUCCAGCUCCAAGAAUCAUAAGGUUAUCCUGGCCACAGCCACGGCCCUGGAGCUGCUGCAUUCUCCCAAACAGGAAGCCGUGGUCAGCACGUGGAUCCAGUUCAGCGACGGCUCAGUGACUCCGCUGGACAUUUACGAUCCCAAAGAUUUCUCCCUCUCGGCCACCUCCCUGGACCAGUCCAUCGUAUCGGCCCGUCAGGACCCCGCCCUGAGGUGGCCGGUUGUGGUGGCCGAAGGGGAAGGCCAGGGCCCCCUGGUCAAAACGGACCUGAUGAUCUCGGAGACCUGCCAGAAAUCCAAGCGGAAGAGCGUGCUGGCGGUGGGGACGGGCAGCAUCAGGGUCAAGUUCGGGCAGAACGACGCAGGGUCCCACCCCGGUCCCGACUACGACGGCGAUGAGAUCGAGAACCACGCCAGUGACCGCCGGCAGAAGGUCCAGGAGCCAGAGCGGUCUGGACAGGACGGCCGCUAUUUCGGAGGCUCCCCCGUGGACCGGGAAGAAGGCGCCCUGCGGAAGGUCAGCACCACCGCGAGGGCCACGAUCGAUAACAGGGUGGUGAAAAACAGCAAGCUGGACGGGGGCAGGCUCGCGGGCGACGGCCAGUUGCAAAACAUCCCCAUCGACUUCACCAACUUCCCCGCUCAAGUCGAUCUUCCCAAGAGCCACGGAGACCUGGAGGAGGAUGACCUGGUGCCGACCCCCAAGGGCCUCAGUGACCUGGAGAUCGGGAUGUACGCGCUCUUGGGGGUCUUCUGCUUGGCCAUCGUGGUCUUCCUGAUCAACUGCGCCACUUUCGCCCUGAAGUAUCGGCACAAGCAAGUCCCCGCGGAAGGGCAGGCCCCCAUGACUCACUCCCACGACUGGGUCUGGCUUGGGAACGAGGCCGAGCUGUUGGAGAACGCCGGAGACCCGUCCCACCGGCAGGACGAGCGCACCACCGUUAUAGACCGGGGCCUGGGUUACGAGGAGAGCAACCACCUCCUCGACGGCGGCGGUCAGAAGAACGUGCAGAGCCAGUUCCACAGACCCGCGGACUCGGGGGGAAAGCCAGGGAAAGAACAGAGACCCGAACCUUUGCACUCCCCCACCUCCAAGCGGAAGCGGGUAAAAUUCACCACGUUCACCACCAUCCCUCCGGACGACAGCUGCCCCACCGUCAACUCUAUCGUGGGUGGCAACGAUGAUGACAUCAAAUGGGUGGGCCAGGAUUUGGGCCUGGGAGACUCCAAAGAACUGAGAAACUAUCUGGAGAAAUUCAAAGACAAAGCAUAGCCCUCUCCGGAUAAAGGGUCCGUCACACCUCGAUGCCUUCAGUUCUACAGUGCAGAGGGAGAUCGGAAACGAUUCGAAAGCGGGGUGAUCAGAUGUGCGGGAAACGGGGGGGGAGGGAAAGCACCCUCAAACCACGGGGAGGCUUCUGUAGUUGGCCAAAUCCCUUCCGCCAAAAGAGUAUUUCAACAGCGGACGACCCCGAGGUUUGGCAGAUCAGGACGAUGGACUUUCAGAAAGGACCGAUACGAUGAACUGGGCAAGGUGAGGUUAUGAAAAUUAUUUUAUGGGUCAAAAAAGAAUACAGACAAGUUACCAAAAAUGAUUUGUAAAAAAAAAAAAAAAAGUCAAUAAAAAGAGACAGAAACGAUACACUGUUUAUAUUUCUAAUAAAGCAUCAAAAUAUAAAAAUAGGACCUGCUAAGAGACUUUUUGCAUUUUAACCCAAAAUGUAUUUCUUCUUCUGAAGAUAAGCCCUCGGUGUUACGAAUGGAGGGAAGAGAAGACUAUUCCUGAACUGGAGGCGCUCUUUUCCUUCUGGAGCUGGAUUAUUUCCUGAAUCUCUCUUCAGAAUUGGGUCUUUUCUUUCUAUCUCUUUUUAAAUACUUGAUUCCAUUAAGUUUCUGAGGACCUAGCAGUAAUUGUUUUUCCAAAUUAACCGUGAAUUACAUUCGUUCUCAUCGGGCAACCUCCUAGAAGUAGGAUAGAUUAAUCCUUUCAGUGUGCUAUCUCCAAUGAAGUGGGACCCAUUGGUUUCUCGGUAGCUGAAACCUCUUAACAGAGAUUGUAACAGUUGUACAACCAAUCUUUCCAUGUUUUUUUCUGAGGUUAUCGUGGUUGUCCUGGAAACAUGAUAGUUGGUUGAACUGGUACUAAGGCAAGCCCUCCCUCUUUGUCAUGGUGUAAGCUUCUCCCUGCAGCCCACUCCCAACUUACAAGUUGCUCUUCUUAUCACAGAGUGAUCAGGUCUGCACAUUUACCCAUCUGUGCUUAAACCUUAGGAUUUCAGUUCCCAACAAAGAUGAUGAAGGAGGGGGAAUUAUGUUUAGGAGUUGGAUAACAAGUUCUUAAUCACCCAUCUAAUCAGUCAAGUAUUUUUAUUGAGCGACGUCAAUUUCCAGAGCAUUCUCAACUAAGUGCUUGGGAAAAGAGUCCUCUCACAAGCAAAAGAUAGUCUCUGUCCUUAAGGAACCUUCAGUGUAAUGGGGGAGUCCCCCAAUACGUAGAGAUGGUUCCUUUGAGUCUCACUGAAGAUGCUCAGAGCGGAAAUUAAACGGAGGCAAGAGAUGACGGGUGCGAGCACAGACUGAGAAUCUGCUAGAUUUUUAACAGUAUUUUUGUCCAGCACCACAGUGAAACUGAUCAUCUACAGUGAAGUGAAUUAUUCAUAGUAAAGAAGACCUCAAUUGGCUAUAAUCCCUUUUGUAAUUGACAAUCCUAAACCCUUCCUUCACUGCAGCCUUCUUAAAGAAAAGGGAAACGUCUUGCAGUAUUCAACCUUGCCAUUCCUUGCAUUACCGAUCCAAUUCUUUUCCAUUAUUUGAAAUGAUGAUUUCGAAGACAAGGACCCUGGAAUCUGGUAACGUGUAGCUAGAUCUUUUAGCAAGAUGCUCCUAGAAUGUGUUGUAGACUGAAAGAAUGUAAUAUUUAUUUAUCCAUGUGCUAUAAAUUGUAAUUAAAUUGCUUUCAUGCCUUGACAAAUGAA